UACGGCAGCAGUCAUGUUCUCAAGACUGAGGCGUCUAAUUAGGAGAGCAGAUGGAGAAUGUCCAGAGAACAGAGAGAGGCAGGAGGAGGCUGACGCUCAAUUUGGGCUUAAAGCAGGAAGGAACAAAUGGUUCUGGCGAAAACGCAAUGCUGAUACGGUGCCAUCAUCCAAACCAAGGCCCCGUACCCAGAAACAGAUGCAGAAGGAAAUGGAGAGGCUGACCAAGGAGCUGCAGCUGAUGACCAGCCAGAGAAAUGAGCUGCGAGAUCAUGUGAUCUUUAUCACGGAAGGAAAGGUGGAUGAUAGGCCCUACCACCCGCCCAAUCCCCUGAAUGAGAAAGUGAAGCUGCAGCACAAACAGGCCUUGUCAGCACUACAGCGCCUGGAGGACGAGAACACCAAGGCCUCAGAACAGCUGAGCGAGCUGAUCAAGGAGACCGUCCUGUAUCGGGAAGGCAGGAGGAGGUGUGCAGGGCCUUACUAUGCAGUGUGUCUCUCUAGCGGUCUCCACAGCCUGAUCCUGAUGCAACAUAGGCAGCUGGAGAAGAAGGUGGACCUGCUGAGGCAGGAGAAGAAGAAAUUGCGGGAUGAUUGGAUUCUACUGAUGCAACACGUAGAGGACUUGAAAGUGCUCUGUAAGGACCAAGAAGAGAACAAUGACGUCAACACCCAGCAACAACAGGAGCUCAAGGGCUUGGUGGAAAGACUUCAGUUCCUGCUGAAGCAGAAGAAAACAGACACCCAGAAAAAGGACUUAGCAGAAAAGCUGCGUCAUCACUUUGAGUUCUCCCAGAUGAGGUUCAAAACCCUGCAGUGUAAGGUGGAAGAGGUCACAGCCAAGGAUGAGUUCCCCUUGCAGAAGGAGCUGCUACAGCAAGAGCCACCUGCUGAGCCCCAUCCGCAGCAACUUCUUAAUUCCAGGGAUGAACUUUAUUCUUCAAAUUUGGAUUCCAUCAUGGAAUAGGCCUUGAAUAUGUCUAGCCAGUGACCCAGUAUGGCUGCUUCUGGGUCUUGAUUCCCUUUCUUUCUUUAUAACACUCCCUGAGAGAACUGAGGAAGCCAAAGGGAGCCACAGGCACCUUGAAACCAUCACAUUCUUCAUAUUAGGAUCAAAGUCUCCAGACAAAAAGACACCCCCUGUAACUGUGAACCCACCAGUGAAGGAAAUACCAGAUGACCUCCAGGUGGUCAUGCCCAAUCUGAUCCAUGUGUCUGUUGACUCCAUUUUCAUAAAGAAAAGAAACCAUCAAAACCAUGCUUGGAGUACGGAAAACCAGAGAAAAAAGUUACUCCAAAGGCUACAUCUACCAUCAAGUGACCUCAGCCUUGGGGAGAAUAUGACAUAGAACAGAAGAGAAAUGACUACAGACAUCUUGAGAAAGCUGUUCCAAUCGUUGGCAGCCUCACCACCAUGGCUAUGAGGGAAUGCUACUUAGUUUAAUUUUUGUUUGGUUUUGUUCUAAAUUUUUGUUUCUAUUUGUUUCAGAUUUGGCUUUGUUACUUUGAUGUUAUCUGUUCUUGUUAUUGAUUUUCAUAAUUUGUUAAGAGUAUUAUCUAGUGUUUAUGUUGAAUGCCCGUUAAAGCCCCCUUUGAGAAAAAUGUAUUCUUUUUUGAGAUUUCAAAGUUAAUUUAUUUCACAGAGAUGAAAAUAAUCAAUAGUAAACUCCAAAGUGUUAUGUGGCCAGCCUGCCACAAGUGCCAAUAAUUGAACUCGAGGCCUAAUGGAGUGUUUUCUGUAUUUGAACUUUUGGUGCAGCCGACAGAUUAUAGUCAUAGAAAAGGCAAACUGGCUUUGCAGAGUUGAUUCAGAAUGGGACUUUUAACAAAAUAACAGACCAGGCUUAUUGGUAAAUACAAUAGCCCCAAAGAGAGAAGUACCAUUCCAAGAGAAAUCUGAAGAGUGGUUCACUAUUAAGAAAGAGCAAGGUAGAUGUAGUCAAUAUUUGUCUUAAACGUAAUGAUGCCUUUAUGCCCUAUAUUUACUCUCUACCUAAUUACUAGUUCCUUGAUACAUGUUUCAAAUAUUUUACUAUUCAACAUUUUAUCAUAACUGUGAACCAUAAAUCGUUGAUUUUAAAAUAUAUUCUUGCAUUAAAAUUUUAAAAUUGUCAAAUGACCAAUUAUAUCAAUUUUAUCAACAUUAAAUUAUAAAAUUGAUGGUAAUUAAUUAAAAGACAAAGAAUGUAUUAGUGAUCAUUGUUAUGGAUAAAUAUAUAAUUUUUCUAAACUAAAAUAUCUAUAGUUGUAUAAGUGCUAUUAAACUUCCUAAAAUUCACAGGAACUUCAAAAUAGUGAGUCU